AUGCAUUUUAUUGUGUCUAUACGGUUAAUAUAUGUGAUUCUAUGUGUCCGGAUCCCUGUUAUGUAUGCGGACCUCUGCGUCCGUAUUCUUGUCUUAUGUAUGUGGGUCUAUGCAUCCGCAUCCCCUUGUUAUGCAUUUGUGUCUAUACGGUUAAUAUAUGUGAUUCUAUACGUCCGGAUCCCUGUUAUUAUGUAUGCGGACCUAUGCGUCCGUAUUCUUGUCUCUUAUGUAUGUGGGUUAUGCAUCCAUAUCCUUAUGCAUUUGUGUCUAUACAGUUUAAUAUAUGUGAUUCUAUGCGUCGGAUCCCUGUUAUGUAUGCGGACCUAUGCGUCCCGUAUUCUUGUCUCUUAUGUAUGUGGGUCUAUGCAUCCGGAUCCCCUUGUUAUGCAUUUUGUGUCAUAUACGGUUAAUAUAUGUGAUUCUAUGCGUCCGGAUCCCUGUUAUGUAUGCGGACCCUAUGCGUCCGUAUUCUUGUCUUAUGUAUGUGGGUCUAUGUAUCCGCAUCCUUGUUAUGCAUUUGUGUCUAUACGGUUAAUAUAUGUGAUUCUAUACGUCCGGAUCCCUAUUUAUGUAUGCGGGACCUAUGCGUCCCGUAUUCUUGUCUUAUGUAUGUGUGGUCUAUGCAUCCGCAUCCCCUUGUUAUGCAUUUGUGUCUAUACGGUUAAUAUAUGUGAUUCUAUGCGUCCGGAUCCCUGUUAUGUAUGCGGACCUAUGCAUCCGUAUUCUUGUCUUAUGUAUGUGGGUCUAUGCAUCCGUAUCCCCUUGUUAUGCAUUUGUGUCUAUACAGUUAAUAUGUAUUCUAUGCGUCGGAUCCCUGUUUGUAUGUGGACCUAUGCGUCCAUAUUCUUGUCUUAUGUAUGUGGGUCUGUGCAUCCGGAUCCCCUUGUUAUGCAUUUGUGUCUAUACGGUUACUUAUAUGUGAUUCUAUGCGUCGGAUCCCUGUUAUGUAUGUGGACCUGUGUCCGUAUUCUUGUCUUAUGUAUGGGUCUGUGCAUCUGCAUCCCCUUGUUAUGCAUUUGUGUCUACAUGGUUAAUAUAUGUGAUUCUAUACGUCCGGAUCCCUGUUAUGUAUGUGGACCUAUGCGUCCGUAUUCUUGUCUUAUGUAUGUGGGUCUAUGCAUCGUAUCCCUGUUAUGCAUUUGUGUCUAUACGGUUAAUAUAUGUGAUUCUGUCGUCGGAUCCUUGUUAUGUAUGGACCUAUGCGUCCGUAUUCUUGUCUUAUGUAUGUGGUCUGCAUCAGCAUCCGUAUCCCCUUAA